AUGACGGUUGCCCUCACGGACCAUGAUGCUUUCAAUGCUUCUCCACAAAUGGAAUCGGAUGAUGACUAUGCAAUUGAUUCCUCUGACGACGAGGAAAAGUUAAAUUUCCCAGACGACGUUGAGAAUGGAAUUAUUCCGCUCAUGCCGUCACGGGUUGGUGCAACAUAUGAGACAUGGGAGGAAGGCUUAGAGGAAGUCCAGAUCCACGCUCGGUGUCGGGAAUAUGAUGUCGUGAAACGUCGGACUCGGAACGGUCGGGACGGUCAGAUGCGACAUGUUGUUCUCCGAUUUGGAUGCAGGAGCCGUAAUGAGCCAGUUAUGAGGAGGCCAACCUCGGACAGCUCUGCAGGAUCUGAAUGCUAUGAUAGCCCUGGAAGAUCCGACACCACUGAAAUUUCUGACGACACUGAAGAUACGGAGCUCGAAGAAAUGAAAUCCAGACCCGUGAGACCGAGAGUUUCGAAUGUGAAUUUCAAUGCUGAGUCUAUCGAUGAGGAGAUGUUGAUAAUGGAGAAAUUGCCGCGAGCCGAAGAAUUCUACAAGCGCCUGGCGAUGCAGAGAAGAGAUGGGGAGGGGAACUGCCUAACGGGUGAGACAAUUGAGAGCACUACGCUUCACGACAUCUUGUUAUGUACCCUGCAAUUAUGA